AAUAGAAAUUGCUGCGACUUGCACAGCAGAGUGAAUAUUUUUUUAUUUUGGUCUAACAAUUGAGGUGUUUGCUUUAUCACAUCGCGCCUUUUGUUCUUGUUUACGACUGCAUCGUAGCAAUGGGGUCUGCGUGUAACAAAAUAUAUGCUGUGACCGCUGAGUGGAAACGCCAGAAAGAGCAGUAGAGUGCAAAAUGUCAACGAGUGAGGAGCAAGAUGAGACGAGGGAGAUUCUGGAGAUUUUGUCCGAAGACAGCAUUCUUUUACUUACGAAAAAACUAGCCAGCUCUUUGAACAGGGCAAGAAAUGGUCAGGCUGGCAAAGUCACUCAUCUCAAGAUUUACGAAGGACUGUUGUCAAAACGAAGUAGCCCGGAUCCUGACGGUGAUGAGAUUUUGUCCCUAUGCAUAAAAAACGCAGAUCACGACGCACAAACAACCAACCGACUGUUAAAACUGAUCGCACAACUCUCAAAUGUUGAAAGAGGCAGGGAAAUCAUUCAGUUCCUGGCUCUCAUGGGGAGUAAGAAGCAGAAGAACCCUGAGAACCAAAUUGACGUUCCCAGAGCCAGGAACGUUGGCAUAUUUCAUUGUCCAGCCGAAAUGCUUGAUGGCUCACGUUUUGCUGAACUGCCCCAUCAGAAGGCUAAGGAUUUUUACCGCACAAGUUUCAGUUUUGAUGCCGAACCUGGCACAAACCUUCCACAGUGCUCAAAGUUCUUUCAAAAAAACAAUAAUGUUGUCUUAAGCAGGGAUUCCAAAAAGUCAAGGCAACAACAGCCAGAGCGCAAAGACCAAGGCUACAGCUCCAGUGAAGAAUCUGAAAUUGACUGGGUCGCAGUGUCACAUAUGGGUCCACCACCGCGGCACAGAACCUGGGAGCAACUCGGCCAGAUCGCUGCCACCACAGAAAAGCCACUGCUGACAGACACUGCUGUGAUCAAGACGCACACAAAUCAAAUUAGCAGGACUGAGUUCAUGACUCGCUUGGGAUACAUGCUGAUUGGAGUCCAGUCUGAUAGUUUUCUUUAUUGCGAGGAGAGAAAGUCUUUCUAUCUUGCCAAAGAUGUGCAAGUUGUGGGAAUCAGCCAGCAAGCAGUCGCGGAAAUGGUCAAGCCAAUGAUUGCUUGCGGAUCUAGUCAUGUGAUGCUUUCCAAAUUUGUUGAGAACCGCCACGAGAGAAGCAGGAUUUUACAGGCCAUCCAAAAAGCUGUGGAAAAGUUGCUGCUUGUGCACAGAAAGUCUGUUCAAAAUUUAAUCGCCCACCACAGGGACAGAGUAUUGGCUCUGGUGAGCGCUAUGCAUUGGAUUGGACCUCCAAUAGUUGCUGUUUCUGCAUUUUGCUGUCCUGCCACUGGCAAAAGACUGAAAGGGUUGACAGCUUUGGAGGAGUUGAGCAAAAUUUGCUCUGAAAUCAUUCCAGGCCGCAUGGCCAGUGUGUUCUAUUCCUUGCUCAAGGCUGCAGCUGAAGCCUAUUUGAGAAUACUCUGGGAGUGGAUUUUUGAAGGAGAACUACCGGAAGGCAAAAAGGCAGAGUUCAUGAUCCAGCCACAACCAGGCAUGCUAAGCCGCCGUGACCGAGCUUUCUGGGCUGACUCGUUUGUCAUUCUUGAAACUCGAGUGCCCAGCUUCAUGAAAGGGCUAGAGGAAUCUGUCAAGGAGUGUGGAAUAGCGAUAUCGUUCCUAAAAUUGUGUCAGAAAAAUCAUCCACUUUUGAAACUGAAAAACAGACCACCAGUUGUCUGCUGCUUGAAUGAUGCUGAGUUGGACCGUUUGAAAGCGCAAUGCGUUAUGUAUGAGCAAGAGGCUGCAGAACUUUGUGGGCCUCCUGUGACGGCAGCAGAGCAGCUGGAAAUCAAUCAAGAGCAGCAACAAGCCUUCUUGGCCAUGGUGACCAGGGUUCGAGAGGAAAGACUAAUUGAAAUCAGAGCUGCUUUGGAGAAAGAAAGAAAGCUGAAGGCUGAAAGGGCAAGAAAGUUGAAAGAGGAGCUGGCUAAUCAGAUUGAAGAGGUGAAAGCACGUAAAGCCGCCCAGCUGAAGAAGGAGCAGGAAGAGGAGGAGAAAUUCGUGCAGGAGCUGAAGGAGUUGCAGGAAAAACAGCUUAAACUGCUGGAAGAGGAAAAGGAGCGAAUGCGGCGCCACUAUGAUAUGAACAGCAAAGAGCCUGAGGAUAAACUUGCCAAUGCUGAAGCUGAAAUCCAAAGUCUCAGAGAAGAACUCGAUUUUUUGACUGGAAAAUCCAUAGUUGCAGAAGAAGAUGAAUGUGACGGCAGCAGUAUCAGUCAACAGAGCAUGGUGAAUGACAACCUGCCAGCCAAUGAGGAUGAAAACAAGAAUCCUGUCGCUGCCGAGGGUCAAGAUGACAACGCCAAUCUUAGUCCUAGGAAAGUGCCGACCUCUUUGCCUAUAAAAUUGGACCGCAACGAAGGGGAUUUGUCCACAAUAGACAAUACUGCUGCGAUUGAGGCUGCGAAGAACAAAGCCAAAGUGUUAAGUCACGAGUACAACCUUAUCCAAAACUACGACGAAUGUGAUUCAGAUAGAGUAGCAAAAAAGCCAUCAACGUUGCAAGAUAAUCAGCAGUUGAGUGAGAUGUUCAAACUCAGAGCUGACGAGGCAGCUCGCAACAAGGCCCGCGUAAUGAAUCACGAGUUUUUCUCUGAUUUCGAUCAGCUAGACAAUGCCAAGGAGCUUUUGGACAACAAAACUGCGGACGCGUCCCCAAUGGAAGAAUUAGCAACGCCCGUGGAAAUGUUCGCCUCCACAGACACCGAGAAUUGCGAACCUCUGGAGACGCCAGACACGGAAACUCAGCCGUCCGCGAUGUCCAUCAGCUCUGAGGAGAGCAAGUGCGGAACCCCGCUGGAUAUGCCUGUGAAACCGUUCCCAGCCUCAGCCAGCAGCUUUUCAGUGAGCAGCAUCAUGUCGACGAUUUCUGAGCCGCUGCGUUGGCAGUCGGUCACCAGCAAGGAAAGCGUCAACCUGUCCAUCAAGGAGAACAGCUUUGACUGCAGCAACCACAUCAAAAACAGCUUUUUGCAGCACACCGUGUCGGUUGUUCUGAACACGCAGGUGCAGCUGGCCAACCAGUACGUGCUGCACGUCUUCCUGCACGACCAGUCCAUUCUGAGCCACUUUAAGUCUCUCCGCAAGUACUUCCUCCUUCUCGACGGAGAGUUCGCCACUCGGCUCACGUCGCAGCUCUGCACCGAAAUAGAGCAUUUCCAGGACAGGCCGGGCAACCUGCUCAACUUCACGGCGAUGAAUUUGAUUCUGCAGAAUGCUCUUGUUGGCUCCGAAGAUCCUAACAAAGAGCGGCUCUCGCUGAGUUUCCGCUCUAUUCCAAACAAAUUCAACGUGUCUGACUCAAACCUGCUGGAGUGCAUUCAGCUGCAGUACGAAGUGAGUUGGCCCCUGAACAGCGUGCUCACCAGACACAUCCUUCAGUACUACGACCUGCUGUUUACGUUCGUGCUGAGUCUGCGCAGGGUCAUUUGGGUACUGGAUCAAACCUUCCGCCACCUAAAGACCUGCGACUCCGGCGUGGUAAAAAAGAUCUUGAACAACAGCCCGCAGCACAGGACGCUGUGUCAGCACCACUUUGAAAUGAGCGCCUUUUUCCGCGCCUUCCACUCGUACAUCCUGAACGUGGCCAUAGUGCAGCAGUGGCCCAAGUGCGAGGAGGCCAUCAAGAAGGUGACCAGCCUGGAUGGACUGUAUGAAGUGCACCACAAGAUGUUCGUCCGAAGCGUCAUCUACCGUUGUCUGCUGCGUAAGGAGGCCGUCAAAAUCCAAGAGCUGCUCGGGGCCACAAUCAGGCCUGUGCUGCGUUUCUACACUCUGGUCAUCGCUCACGAAUGGGAGUUGAAGGAUGAUGUAUAUGAGCACCCGCAGUUUAAGAAUCUGUCUCUCGCAUACAAGAAGUACCACGAAAGGACCAAUUUACUGGCGAAAAAUCUGUCUAAAUUAGCAUCUAGAGGAUACCAGAGCGAUCUGCAAGAUCUGUGUGAUUAUCUCAGGAUGAACGACUUUUACUCUGUGCUGACCGUGGAGCCCACUCAGCCUCAUCAGUCCCUUGUUUCAUCUACUGCAAGCACACUUAGCAAGUAAGGAUGUUGUUUUUAAGACUAGAACAAUGUACUUACACCUUCAAGUUGCCUUGAUACUCAUUUUUAGCGUUUUAUCUGCAAAGUAUGUUUAAAAAUCUGUUAAAAAAUAAUUUUACUCUGAAUUUGCAUUAAAAAUUGUUGACGGUUUAUCUAUAAAGGUAAGGGC